GAUCAAAGCCAUGGUACAGAAAUGCUAAAGAACCUAAACAAUGCAUUUCAACUUUCCUGGAUUGCAAACAAUGGCUUGCAAAACCUAAUCUAGAAAAGAAAAGAAAAAAUUCAAAUGAAAUGGCAGAAACUGCAGUAUCAUUUGCUGUGCAACUCUGCCAAUUUGUAGUUGAAGAAAGAACUUUGGUGACAGGUGUUGAGAGUGACUUCAAUGAUAUCAAAGAUGAUCUUGAGAGCAUCCAAUCCUUCCUCAAGGAUGCUGACAGAAAGGCUGAUGAUGAUGAUGAAGGAGGAGGAACCAAUGAAGGAGUCAAAACAUGGGUGAAGCAAGUAAGAGAAGUAUCUUUUCGCAUAGAAGAUGUAAUCGACGAGUAUAUCAUGUGCGAGGCGCAAAGGAUGAACCAUUCUAUAUUCACAGCAACACUACAAAUGUUUCCUGGUUUGCUCAGAAUCAUGAAUCCACACCACCAGAUUGCUUCUCAGAUUCAAGACAUCAAGUCAACACUUGGUAAAAUCAAAGAAAGAAGAACAAGAUUUCCAUUUCAGUCUGAUAAUGAAUCAGGAAGCUACAGAGGGUCCAAAGCUCCUAGAAUUGGUGACCCUCGAAUGGCUCCCUAUUUCAUUGAAGAGACUCAAGUUGUGGGAUUUGAGUCCCCAACAAAUGAAUUGAUUCGUCGUUUGGUGGGUGGAGACAAUGAGCACACGUUGGUUUCUGUGGUGGUAGGCAUGGGAGGACUCGGAAAAACAACUCUUGCUAAGCAUGUUUUUGAUAACGAUUUGGUGAAAAGCCACUUUGAUUGCCGCUCUUUCAUAACAGUUUCUCAAUCAUACACUAUGAGGGAGUUGUUUACAGAAAUGAUAAAGAAGUUGUGCAAGGACAAGAAUGAUCCUAUUCCAAAGGGUCUGCAGAAGAUGGAUGACAAAACAUUGAUUAUUCAAGUAAGACAAUACCUCGAAACAAAAAGGUACUUGGUUUUAUUUGAUGAUGUUUGGAAAGAAAAAUUUUCUGAUGAGAUUAAACAUGCCUUAAUUAGUAAUAACAAAGGAAGUAGAAUCAUCGUGACCACUAGAAAUAUGAAAGUAGCAGAAUAUUUUACGAAAGAUUUUCCUGUUCAUAUUCACGAGCUACAACCUUUGUCUUCAGAGAAAGCAUGGGAAUUGUUUUGUAAUAAGGCAUUUAUAUUUGAGCCAGGAAAACAGUGUCCAAAAGACCUUGAGGACAUGUCCGAUGAAAUUGUUCAAAAAUGUGGAGGGCUACCACUGGCUAUUGUCGCCAUUGGUGGUCUUUUGUCAACAAAGCCGAAAACCAUUUUUGAGUGGGAAAAGGUGAGUAGAAAUCUGAGAGUGGAGUUAGAGCGCAAUGUGCACUUGACUAGUCUGAUAAGAAUUUUAUCUCUUAGUUAUGAUGAUUUGCCUUACCAUUUGAAAUCAUGCAUGCUAUAUUUUGGUAUAUAUCCUGAGGACUACUCCAUCAAACGGAAGAGACUUACUCGGCAAUGGAUGGCAGAAGGGUUUGUUAAGAAGGAGGGGACAAAACUAUUGGAGGAAGUUGCUGAAGAGUACCUGACAGAGUUAAUUCAAAGAAGUUUGGUUAAUGCUUCUGUACUUGGCUUUGAUGGGAAAGUCCGAAGUUGUCAAGUCCAUGAUGUGUUGCGUGAAGUGAUCAUUAAAAAAAUGAAAGAUCAAAGUUUCUGUCAUUUAAUGCAUGAAGAUGAUGAACAAGUCACCGUUGGAAUAACUAGACGCUUUUCUAUAGCAGCUAUCUCCAACAACGAAUUGAGAAACACUAGCAACUCAGGAAUUCGUGCCGUAUUUGUCUUUGACAAAGGUGAAUUGCCUAAACAGUUCAUGGAUGUAUUAUCUGUCAAGUUUAAGCUUUUAAAAGUACUUGAUUUUGAGAAGUCUUCAUUGAAUUUUAUUCCUGAUAAUUUGGGAAAUCUUUUCCACCUAAGGUACUUGAACUUGAGUCAUACCAAAGUUACGGUUCUUCCAAGAUCCAUCGGUAAUCUAAUUAACUUAGAAACCUUGGAUCUAAGACAAACUCAAGUGCAUGAAUUACCAAAAGAGAUAAACAAGCUCACAAAGCUAAGGCUUCUUCCAGCUUAUUACAGAAAAUACGAAGGGCAAUACUCUAUGUUGAACUUUACAAUAGGAGUGAAAAUGCACCAAGGUAUUGAAUGCUUGAAAUCUUUACAAAAGCUUUACUUUUUGGAAGCAAAUCAUGGUGGAAUAAAGCUUAUCCAAGAGCUCAAAAUGUUGAAACAGUUAAGGAAGUUGGGCAUAAAGUCUGUGCGGCAAGAAUAUCGAACUGCAUUAUCUGCUGCAAUACAAGAGAUGAAACAACUUGAAUCUCUUAAUAUUGGUGCUAUAACUAAGGAUGAAAUCCUUGACUUGGAUCUUGCAUCAGCUCCAUCCCGUCUUAGAGUGCUCAACUUGAAAUGUAGACUAACCAAGUUGCCCAAUUGGAUUCCAAAUCUCAAGUCUCUUGUGAAGCUAAGACUUGGUUUAUCUAACUUCGAAGAUGAUCCACUAGACUCUUUGAAGAAUUUACCUAGUUUGUUGAGGCUGAAUUUGUGGGAUGAUGCCUUUUCUGGUGAAAUACUGCAUUUUAAGAAAGGAGGGUUUCCAAAGCUGAAGGAGUUGGAUCUCACAAGAUUAAGUAAACUAAGUUCUAUAUCUAUACACGAAGAUGCUUUAGUUAAUCUUGAACACUUCAGAUUUAAAAACAAUCCUCAAUUGAAGGUUUUACCGCAAGACCUCCAAAACUUGAAAAACCUUCAAUUCCUUGGAUUUGCUGAAAUGCCAGUUGAAUUAGUUGAUAGCAUUGAUCCUGAGAAAGGUGGAGCGCACCAUCGGAUUAUCAAUCAUAUUCCCCUUGUACAAAUUCGUCAGAACUUUGGAGAAAAAUUCCAUGACUAUAAGUUGCACCGCAUUCCUACUCAAAUCAAUAUCUGAAAUAUCAAGAUUCAGGUUCUCUAUGUUCCAGCUCACAUGAAGAUGCACUUUGUCUUUCUUCGUUCUGUUAGACCGAAACUGAAUGUGGCGAUUUCUAUUCUGUCAAGCAGUUAUGUUUGAUAUGUAUGUCAGUUAUUUUUAAUAGAGUCGGUUAUUUGUUUUAGGAAUAAAUAGGAGAAGGGUCGGACAUAUAGAGGGUAUAAAGGGUGGGUUAUCGGGAAGUUAUCGAGUGGUUAGUGGGAGAGAUCCAGCUCUCGAACAUUUGAGAAGGGGAGAGGCCGAGCUCUCGAAUCUUUGUGUGUCUGUUUUCUUGUAAUAUUUUUUGAACUUUCUGUCAUUAUUGCACUGUGUGUAUGCAAUCUGGUUGUGAGUUAUUCAGCCAGAAUUGUCAUUAAUAAAGUGUUCGUAUUGUGCAAAUUA